AGAAAGCAACAUGGCGGAAGACCAGAGUUUCGAGGUAAGAAAACAGCACUUGCUGACAAGUUAUUUUGGCCUCAGUUCCACUGAAGAACUGAAAAAUAACUUAGUGAAUUAUCAACACACGUCUACUUCGCUAACUAUCGACUGUGCUGCAAUCUUGAAUUGCCGAUUUCGGUUUGUUGCUGCGUACAUUGAUGUUUAAGACUUAAGUUGUCAUUAAGUUGAGCAAUGGAAACAUGGUAUGAUUCUAGCCGUAGUUACGAAAUAAUGACACCUUUUAGACCAAGACCGUUUGCAUAAUUUGAAAGUUUUUUAUAUAACUAUAAUCUUCAAAACCUAACGUACUUGUUCGGUAUCGCUGUUAGCAGUCCAUGCAUCAGGACCGAGCUUUGUUCCAUUUUAUUACGCGAAUGAAAGAAGAUGUAUAGGAUAUGCAAUGUGGCUUUGAUCAUUUCUGUUUUGAUUACUUUUUUUUUAAUUCUACAGGAAACAGAUUACAAAGAAGCCGAGCUCGCCUCACAAGCAUCUUCUUGGAGAUUUCCCUCAUCUUUGCUGGGAUAUACUUUGGUAGGUUUUCAUUCAGCUUUUUUAAGCUUGCUAUCGAAAAUAAACGGCUUUGCAUGUGGCCAAUGUAUCUCCUUGGGUGUGUGAAGUUUUAUUGCUUUGGAAACCAAGAUUAAGAAAAGCAGCACCCCGUCCCAUACGAGUUAUGUAUGUGUUGUCUUUACGCAUGAGGGAAGAGAUUCAGGAAAAAAGCAUAAUUCACAACAACUAAAGAAAUUUAUAUUCUUAAAUCAUCUUAAAUCUUCUUGCAUUGUAUGGUUGACUAUCAACGUAUUUUUAACAAAUUGCUAAGAUACACUCGAAAAUACACCUUAUUUGGUUGUGUCCGACAUAACUUGCAACAUCUGUAACUUCCAUGAAAAUAAACUCCUUGUAUGAGGGUUGGGGUAGAAGCCAAAUUUGAACAUUCUUUUACAGAAUUAAGGACGCUAAGCAAACUAGAACGACGUAAAUGUCAACAUCAUUGCAAAUCCAAAGGUUUCAUGACUAAAACAACUUUCGCGAGCGUUUUGAAACUGUGUAAAUUUGUUACAGAUAUGGACGAUAAUUUUUUUCAUCGACGUUUUGUUUAGCGUAGUCCUCGUGAUUGAUUACGGUCCCUAUUAUCUGGCAUAGGUGACCCCCUUUACAUUUUUGCAUUUGGUCAUUAUCAUAAUAUCAACAGUUCUAACAAAACUCUCGACGGACACUUCUAUACCAAAACACCAAAUUCCCGAGAUAGAUGGCGCUUAUGAACUUCGCUCAUCUGUUCACUGAUAGGCUCGGUGAUUGUUAUAUUCCUUGGUAGGAUCUUGUCACACUUUGCCAGCACACACGUUUUUCUGACAUGGUAAUACACACUUUCUGGAUCCCGGCUGACCUGAAGUGAGAUUUUCAUAAACCAUAAAUCUUGUGUAAUUGUCUAUUCGCUUUAAAUGUACUGUAAGAGUAACUCUUUCAUUGCAACAUUAUUAAAAAGCCUGACUCACUGGUAUUUACUAAGUGGCACAUCAUUUUAUCGUUGAUGUGACAGGGUACCAACCUUAAGCUGAAUCGUUCCCUUCUUCUGAUAGACCCUUCUUUCGCGAUGCUUGAGCAUCAAAUCGUAUGGUGCAGGAGGUGGUGCAUCACUAGGCUUGUUUCUUAACUGCAAGACAAUGUAUAUUAGAGAUUAUUAAUUCUUCUACUCCCAUACCGGCAUACUGAGCCUGUGAUUAAAACGUUAACUGUUUAAAUAAAAGUCGUUUUAAUUUUCAAGUAUCUGUUAAAAUCGUCUCCAUAUACUUCUAAGUCGUAAUUGCAAUUACCUUUGAUCCACACCCAUAGCAAGUCAACGCCUUAGUGUCCUUUACAAAGACAACCUGAUACUCGUCAGGUGGAAUGGUUGGCGUCACUGAUGGAACUCUCUCAGAAAAUCCCGCGGUGGAUUGUUCCUCUCUGUGCGUUUUUCUGGUUCUUUUCCUGCCCUUUUCGUUUUCUUUAAGGCCUGCUCCACUUGGCAUACUCUCCUGUAGUUGGCGAGUGAUGUCUGGUGUCCAAUCAGAAAGUACUCGUUGUAAGGAGCCCAUCUGGAAGGAUACUGCAAGUACAUGUGAGCAGAGACCCUUGUGCUUGAACCCUUCGCAAUCACAGACUGGCAAUUUCCUAUCAGUGACCCUAACAAGAUGAAGACUAUCACUUGUCGUGGACAUGACCACUUUAUUCGUCUUACUACCAGGAGCUUGUCCGACACCGUCCUCUUUCAAGAUCACCUCAGCAUUUCGCCAUGAUGCUUUGAACAUUUCUGGAAGGCCACUCUCAUUAAAAUUGCCUAAGACGGCUGUUUCCUCAUCCAUAGGCAAUUCAGUCUCCUCGUCGAGUGCUGUUUGGCUCAAGGGACUGAUCUUUUUAGGGUGAUCCUUCUUCUCCUUUUCGGACAUUUUAAUCCAUUCCUCUGUAGUCUUCUUUACGUGUUGAAACUCUGGUGCAAGUCGGUAUGGCCCUUCGUGGAUAACAGCUCUCUCCACGUUCCUGGCUGCUCUUUCGCACAUUUCAACAUAUUCAUCUGUGGCCUGAGACAUAGUACUCUUCAAGUUGGGUUUGCCAGGUGGGGUGUCAUCAGUGCGAUUCUGCUCAAUCUGUAGCUUGUACUGGAAAUGAAAUGACUCUGAAGCGUUUUUAAAGUAAAGGUUGUCCCCAAGUCCAGCCGCUUUCCUGAUGGGAGUUAUCAUGCCUUCCCUCAUGCUGUCUGCUACACAAGUUGUAAAAUACUUUGAAAACCCAGGAUCUGCACCCAUCUUCUCCAUGGACUCCAAAGAAUCCCAUCUGCGUUGGGCCUCGAGCAACUUGCAGUCAAAUUCUUCCGGACUGUCGCUAUCAAUUAAACCCUUUUCCAUUCGCUUGUCGUCACCGAAAAUAUCUUUGAUUAUUUACCGUUUAAGUCCUUCAGUGUUUGCAAUCAAAAGGACGCGUUUAUCUUCAAGGAAACAGGAUGAUUUUGUAGGUUUACGAAGCAUCAGAAGCUCGACAAGUGGGUGAUGGCUGGAGAAAAGCGGCAAACAUGUUGGCCCAAACUUCACACUGAAACCGAGUACGAAAGCCAGAUCACUACAAUUCUGUAAAACAGAAAUAAAAACGGACAUUGGUGACGAGAAAAAGAGAAAUAAGCGAUGGAUAUAUGGCCUACUUGUCAACGGAAGAGAAAUCAUAAAGAAAUGUAAACCCUAUAGGAACAUUAGCAAAAAUGUAAUCUUUGUCUGUGUGAAAAGUUCAUCAUCAUUUGUAAAAAAAAACUUUGUAGCCUAAACAGGCGAAACGAACUAGUGAGUUCAUGCCCCCACAGAAACAGAUAUGUACUUCAGAACUCUAGAGUAACGUAACUAAGACACAAUCCAUCUGUUACCUAGAUACAAUCUGUUAACGCAUCCCUAUAACAACCACUCCAAUUUUACUGCCAGGUUUUAAUUUUAACGGUCAAUCCUUGAAGUUGCCUGAUGAGUGUUGCCCUACAAUUUCGGACCAUAAGAAACAGCACUGUCGCAAUAAACGAUCAAUGAUUACUCCUGAAGCCUGAACUCCUCUGAUUGUUAAUAGUCAAUGCUCUUCAAUUAAAUGAAUUGAGCGCUCUACGAAAUACGUUCUACCCAGAAUACAAGUAUCUAUUUAUAUAUGUAUGUAUUUACAACUUCCUUUGGAUCAUAUUAAUUCCGUCGCUUUGAAGCGAAUUGUUAGAGGUACGUCGGCAGAGCUUAGCAAAAACCUCAUGAUUUCUUUGUCAUUGCGAAAUAAUUAAAAAUAAUUUUAUCAAAAUUAGAAACUGUAGUGUGUGAAUCUUAUGGCUUGGUAUUUGCCUGGUCUCCUUUGGGGGCAUUGUCUCAGAGAGCUCUUGGUAAAAAGUGGUAUAAGCUUACAUUUUACUAGGUUAAACUUUUAAGGCAAUGUUUGUGUCAGGACUGAACACGGCAAGCUUCUGUUUCGAAUAAUUAAAUUCGAGCCUGGAUCCGUUUAAGAAGACCAUCAUUUUAUUUAUUUAUGUAUUCUUCAACUUUAAAAUAUUAUGGAACAUAAAGUUAAAACUCUUAACAGCCAAAGAUAAGAAAUACGAAAUUACUCGCUGAAAUGAUAUGUGUCCGGCUUACCGAGUCUGCCGAGUAACAAGUUGAAAUUUUGAGCGUACUCCACUCGAUCGCUCCUGCAUUUAUACUAAAAAAAUAGUUCUAAUUGAUGUCCUUCAUCGAUAAAGACCAGAGAAUAACGUCCUGGCAAACAAAAACCAAACAUAACUACAUCGAAACCUCAUUCACCUCUUCUUUCCUGUCUUCCUUCUUUCCAUCUCGACUUGAACUGUUUUGUUCAACGGCAGAUGUCUCUUGCGUUAACAAGUAGGCCAUAUAUCUGUUGUUCAUGUGUUUUUUUCUUGCCACCAAGAUUUGUUUAUAUUUCUGUUUCACCGAAUUGCAGUGAGCUGGCUUUCGUACUCGGUUUCAAUGUGAAGUUUGGGCCAACAUGUUUGCCGCUUUUCUCCAGCCAUGUCCACUUGUCGAGCUUCGGAUGCUUUGGAAACCUACAAAAUCAUCCUGUUUCCUUGAUGAUAUACGCGUCCCUUUUGAUUGCAAACAGCAAAUCAUUAGUAAACAUUAAAAGCAGAAGACAUCCCACGUAAUUGUAUUUAAAAAGAAGUCCGUACAAAGUUAUUUGAGGUGGAAUCAGCGCUAAACACUCUGCAAGCUCACUGAAAGUCUUCAUUUGCGAUUUUUGUUUAUCCUCCAACGCCUCGCUUUCAUGACUUGGCACCAGUUUUUUCCCGCGUGUCCGCCAUUUGUGAAUACGGUGUAUGCGUAUUUAGAAUAAGAUAGCACGAACUCUUACCACCCGAACCAACUCAACCAAGAGAAGAGAGAAUGUGGCCUGCAUUUAUAUAUAUGAAGAGAGGAAAUUAACAAUAAAAAUUCGCAUCCAAAUUUAAACAUCUGUAUUGUUGUACCUGUAUUUUGAAAUAAAACGUCUUCCCUUGCACCCACAUCUUUCUCCUCUCCGGCACGAAAUUGAUCCAUGUCUUUCUUUUCUUCUUUAUCGGGCAUUCCUCACCAAAGAGGGGAAUCUUAUGCAUCGAAAUAUUCUUCUUAGGGCCAGCUACCUUUUGCAACGUGCUGCAACACAUCUCUCAGGCAUUUUCCACGAUCGAGAAAGAUUUACAAUCAAAUCACUUGGCUUGAGAGGAAUAAGAGUUCUUGAACCUACGUCACGACUGCGGCCCAGCCGAGAGGAGACGACUAAUGCGAAUGGUCUCUUUGCGGACGAUGCUUUACUUUACGGCAAUCUUCUUCAAUCUGACCUACGCAGUCUAGAAUCCUGGCUGUAUCAUUGGCAAAUGGAGUUUAAUCCUUUCAAAUCCAAAAUUGUUACCAUCUCACAUAAGAACAAUCCACCCCAGAGAAAAUAUGUCUUCUGUGGUGUAGAGUUGGAACAGGUUGAUAGCUUCCCGUACCUUGCUCAAGUUGUCAGCCCAUGUUUCCAUGACAGCAGCUAAACCAAACAAAUAGCUGGGUACAAUACAACGCGACCUUUGGAAUUGUCCAAAGAAUGUAAAAGAAAUUGCAUAUACAUUCCUAGUACGACCGAAGCUGGAAUAUGCAAGUGCGGCUUGGGACCCAUUUUUAAAGAAAGAUACCAGUGCUCUGGAAAGGGUUCAACGUAAAGCAGCACGGUUCUGCUCACAGAAUUAUGAUAGAUAUGCGAGUGUCACGGGCAUGAUUAAAGACUUAGGGUGGGCCACGCUGGAAACGAGAAGAAGGCAGUUUAGGUUAACACUUAUGUAUAAAGUAACUCAUGGUCUUAUUGAUAUAGGUAGCCGAAAAUAUUUAAUUCAACACUCCGAGAGUCGCACAAAGGGGAGCCAUCAAUUUAAAUUUUGCGUGCCAUAUGCAAAUAAAGACCUUUUAAAGUUUUCGUUUUUUCCAAAAACUAUAGCGGGCUGGAACUGCCUCCCUGAGGCCUUUGUUUCAUCAACCUCCUUAGAAACUUUUAAAUAUAGGUUAUCAGCUUUUCUUAAAUAAUAGUUAUAUAUAGUUUUCUUUAUUUAACUUUUAUAUCUUUAUUUUAUAUAUUAAUAUAUCUUUAUUUUAUCAUUUCAUUUAUUUAUUUAUACCUGGAUUUGAAAACCGGGUUAGCAAAAAUAUCAACUUAUUCUACUACUUGGCAAUUUAAAACAACAAAAUUCAUUCAAAGGCCGAUUAAAAGCCUUUAUCUGACGCCGGGCAGUACGUUAAUGGUCCCCAGAAGCAUUAAUUCCAACGGGUCCAAAUUUAAAGUGACGCAAAUUUUAGAACAUUUAUUCAGUAAACUGACUUCGCGAAGUUUCAAACCGGUGUCAUUUCAGUCUAGAAAUUUUUAGGUCGAGUGAGCUGCAGCGAAACAGUGCCUGGUUAAGGCUUAAAUAACAACUUAAAUAGUUAGCAAAACACUACUUUUUUCGCGGUCCGAUAAACAACAGGAUUCCGCAUGGAAUAGACAACAAACUGAAUGAAACAUAGUGCCCAAAUUAUCACCUUGUUAUCUGCAAAAACCGGCCUAUGGCUCAAUGCCAUUAGAGCCCGCUGAAACUAGACCUAGAUCCAAUUUUCCCGAGUCGAGAGUUGCUUUUCCAAGGUACAAUCAGCUAAGCUAAACACCGAUGAAACAAUAUUAAUGGCUGGCACCAAGAGACUAUAAAGGGGACAGAGAGGGCAUCCUCCAUAUACACCCUAUUCCAUAGGUAAUUCGUCUCGAGUUAUCUUUAGAAUCGGGAUAAAGUUACCUCGCGCGAGGAGUGGAUGUUUCGUGGAGGUUUCGCAUGACCAAACGCCGUGUAAAACAUGUCGGGCGAGAGGCAAUGAAAGCGUAAAAAGAUCGAGAGCAUUCCUGAAUAUUGAAGCGAAAUGAGUCGGCGCUCACCUGGGAAAAAGGAAUCGCUGGACUCUUUGACAACCCUUGAAAUCAGUUUAACUCGAAGUUGUCGUAACCUCAAUGCUUUGAUAAAAUGAGAAAUUUCGCCGGUCUAUUGAAACUGGUCGUUUGUACAAUUUAGGGAGUUUAAGAUCCAACGACGCGGACGACAACUAGAGCGUCAAAAAAACACUAGGUUUAAUUAGCAAAACAACAACUUCGCAUGUGCAACACACUUUUUUGUUCAUUUCUUUCCCGUUUUUGCACGACUACGACGUGAAAAUGCCUAAUUUCGCGUUUUAUGGAGGACGCAAAUAAGCAACGACGAAAUUUUAUUUCUUUUUCUGAACUUGAAUAUGGUCCCUUGAAAUUCAGCUUUAGAAGGGUUCGCCUACAAUUGACAAAGUAAGUGGGUAGGAAUAAUCGCUAUAAAGACUGAAAAAAAUAAACAUCAAACCAGAAAUUGCUCUCUUCAAACUGUAAAUUAUAAAUGAUCCUGAGAGAAUAUUCAGUGUGUUAAGGAUUUCCCUGCUCUACUGUUAGCUCUAUACAAGAGAGGAAGGGCGAUUCUUUUUUAAUUUCGGUUUCGCUGACACAGCUUUCGCAGAAAUCUCUCUGUAGUCGUUUUUGUCGACAAAAGGAAUAGCAAAAUCGCUCUCCGCGUCUUCCCCGAUUUUGUUCUGCGUCAUUUCGUGAAGGACGCGUGGCUCUCAGCGUGGGUCAUCCAAGCGGAACACAUUCGCGCUAUGUGAUUGGCUGUUGUCUAAUCCCCCUUGAGAUCUGUGGUGUUAAAAAUAACUCGAGACGAAUUACCUAUGGAAUAGGGUGUAUAUGGGGGAUGCCCUCUCUGUCCCCUUUAUAGUCUCUUGCUGGCACAGAAUAUUUUGGCGAAACCGCAGUUCAACCACGCGAUAACAUACCUGUCAACAUCAUGCGGAAAUCACACAAUCACACACUUUCGCGGCACAGAUAAGACUAUCCACAACCACGCAUAAUCUUCUCACGUUUAACAUAAGCGAAAUAUCAUCGAAUAAGUCGGAAAAACUCAGCUUAUUGCCAGAUAAACACCUCUGGACUUUUCUCUUACACUCGUCUUAUUUAAGUUCUCGCGGCGAUCAAUCCAUCUUGGGUCACGUAUACGUCAUCAAAACGAAGUGACGGGAAAAACUUUAGAGAAACGAUCCCGAAAGGCCUCUAACACUGUUCUAGUUAUAAAAGCAAUUUUUGAACACAGUGCAACUUAUACGCCUCAAAAGAGAGAAGACUUUAGGAGCAGUCCAAAACUACACAUAAAAAGAUUCAAAGUGCGAAUUUCUAGUAAAUAAAAUAAAGGUGAAUUUGCUUUCAUUUUCAAACCAAAGUACAAAUCUGAUGCCCAAUUUUAGUGGCGUGAUGCAAAUUAAGUUUCUUUUUUGUGACCUCUCGGCUAAUGAAAGAACGAGAAAUUGCAAAGUUAUUUAUUCUUCUGAGCCUGGACUCUAUAAUACACCAACUAAUGCAUUUAUUUAUUGCAUUUUUUUGGUUUUGCAGAUUGAAAUUGAUGGUGGUGUCGAUGUUCCCGUCUCGUUUAUCCCUCAGUUAAAGGCUAAAUUGAAGGGAACUUUCAAAAAGGGCACCGUUCCUCCAAAGGCAGUUAAGAGAAGUGCGCGAGGCCCAGUUUAUUUCAAGUGCAUUCCUGUAGUUUACGACAAGGAGGAGGGAAGAAUGAAGAUUCCAAAAGGAGAAUUUGCUGGGAAGAGUGUACACAGAGCAGUGGGCGACGAAGACAAUAAAGAGUACAGCGAAACUACCCUUGCUUUGGAGUCUUUUGAGAAUGAGGACAUGAAUUUUGGAGGUAUAGCGCUUGCAGGGAGCUUUCCUUUCAAAUUACUAAGAGGGUCUCAAUGGGGUGAGGGCUUUUACGGUUAUCGGCUAAAAUUUCGGCUCUUUUACGGCUAUCGGUUAAGUUUUUUUAGUUACGGUUAACAAAAAAGUUAAAAAUUAAUUUGUUUUAUUUCAAAGGGUUAAAUAUUAAUAAACCUGUAUUUUUUCUAACUUUAAAGCAAAAUAAAGGUCUUAGGAUCAUCUCGGGAUGAAAUAACAUUUAAUAGAUCAUACUUCAUUACAGUAUUCCACUUCUGAUACUAUCAGUACGCGUAGAAAUGUCAACAGUCAAUAUAUAAAUAAUCUUUCUGAAAAAGCAAAAGCAGACACGCGAACGCUCAACUCAAGGCCGGGACGCGAAUUCAUUUAUAACAGAAAUUGCCGUUUUCACGCUAGAGACGGAUCAUUCGUGUGAGACGGGUUACCCGUUUGAUAAUUCGCGUCAGAUAGGUAAUACGUCUUAAUUUGAAAAUGGAAUGGUUAUAAUUUUGGAUGAACAAUCCGCCUGACUUUAUCCCCCAAUUUUGACGGACAGUUUGAAGAUGGAUUAUCCCUUCCAGAUAGCUUGUACAGCCGCCCCCUCCCCUCAGAAAAAAAUGGAAAAGGGUUGUCUUUGGGGGAGGGGGCGACUGUACACAGGCUAGUCUCAGACGGAUGAUCCAUUUCUAGCUCUAGUGUGAAAACGGCCAACAAAAAAAAUUCCCUUGUCCAGUGUUUUUAAUGAUACAGAAAGGACUGUAAAGAACGACUGUCUGCCGUGACUUGUCCGUAGACCUCAUUAUUCCGCGCGGCUAAUGCAUUCCGGGUCACGUGGUCCGAGCGAGUUUUUUCCCUCAGGUAUGCCACUGAAAUGCCUUGACCGAGGUUGCGUGGGAAGACGCCGUACAGGGACUAGGCAUGGCAAUGUCUACCGUAGCGUCAGAGAAAAACAGGGAAUUGUUGUUUAUCAGCAACAUGUUUUACAAACAGUGACAUCUCUGCGUGUUGUUUCACUAGUAUUUCGAGGGUACGACCUCCUUAAAAUCACAAAUAUUAAUCCCCCCCAAGAAGCCAGAUUUUCCUUAUGGAAAGAACUUGGUUCUUCGAGUGAGCGGCGGAAAUGGAGCCUAGGACUAGGUCAACACCUAAAAGGAGCUUGGCCUAACGUGCGUACGGAGUCAAAGUAGCCGGGAAAUAAAAAACGCAAGCAUAAGUGAACUUUAUCACCUUCCUUGAAAUUAACAAAUCUAGGGAACAAUUUCUUUUACGGUUCUCUUUUUUAUCUUAUUUACAGCUAACGGUUAAAAUUUUUCAAUUUUUACGGUUAUUGACUAAAGUUUUGGCCGUUUUACGCCUAUCGGCUAACCCCAUUGGGACCCUCUACUAAAGAAUGAUAGAUAAGCUAAUCCAAUUUGUGUUCUCGCUUGCUUGUUUUGCGACCAUCUCAAAUUUACUGUUAUUGCUAAGACAGUUUUGAUAUCAUCUUUUAUCAGUUUUUCGCCUGAUCCGCUAAUCCUAGACCUAAGAAAAGGCUAAUUACAUCUUAACCCUAAGCUACACUAGUCUCCGCCCAGCCGCUAGUUAUUUACCGUCAUCAUAACAGAAUGCCAUAUUAUGAGUGACAUAGCUAGCAGAGUCUGUAAGCACGCCCCAUAUUCCAAAAAUGCAAGCUAAUAUCGUACUAAGCAAAUCGCUUCUAUUUACAUCCGAGUGGCCCGGGUUGCAGCGGUAAUGUUAUAAAACAAUUGGCUCUUGCUUUUAGCCGUGCAUUAUCGAGUCAUAUUGUACUUAAGAAGUAGGAAGAGACAUGUUAAAUAGACUUGUCGCGGCAUGUGAAGUGGGAACACACGCAAAAAAACGGGGACGUUGCAGUGACACGUCGAUCCCCUCACGCGUGCUAAUAGUUUUCAGCAGAUAUGUACGCAACUCAUUUUCUUGUGUGUGUACGUGAUGUGGCUUUAUCCCUGCUACAUAUUACUGCACAUUUCACAUUUCGCGCUAAAAUUAGGCUUAAUUCGCCGUUUCCCGUGGCAUUGAAAAAUGUGAGCUUGCUUUAUAGAUUAUCUGACAGACGAGGACUUAAAGAAACUGGAUAUUAUCAAGAAUGUAGUGCCGAUGUCCGGAGAGCAGAGCAGAGGAAAGCGUAAAGAGCGAGUGAAAAAGUAUCUGAUGUGGGUAAGAGUGAAUCUCAAGUUGACUUUAAAUUAUUUAUAGUACGAGUUUGGCAAAAUGAGACCAGUAGUCUGAGUUUUAAAUACAGCAAAAUUGGGGCGGGGAACGCUACACUGUAGGCGACAUUUUUCUUAGUCCUCCCAGUGAUGCCUGAAAAGAAUGACCUCAACUAAAUUGGUAUUAUAUAACAGCGCGCUAGCGUUUAAACCUGAGACACCGAGAAAAUCCCUUCCUAUUUUGCUGUUAACAAUUCUGAAAUUCUCUUGGUCUCUAGUAGCUGAAUUCAUAUCUAUCUAGAAAAGCAGCAUUCAAGUCUUGAGAAAGCAUUGAAAAAAAUAUGUUCUAAAACGAAAACUAUGUUAUUUAAAAGCGCUGUUCGAGCUAUCUGUAAAAAACCCCAACUUUGAAUGAAGGGGAGGGAGAGAGCUGCCGAAUGUCUUGUUCUCCGAAGUACUCCAUUUGAGAACAGCCUCUCAACGAUUUUGUCGCCGUUUGUAGUUUAAAUCAAAAUUAACCUGAUAUAAAAUUUGACCUGUAACAUAUAUUUUUCUUUUUUUCGUAGAGCACACUUUUUAAAUCAUUUUCAAGUCAAUGUGACACUCACCGCCAAAAGCUUAGAUUUCUCUUCAAAAAUAGGGAAAGACUAGAAACAUUUAUUGCUUUCUUUCAACAAGGACAAAUGUAUACAUAAUGUAGUACGGGUUAUCCGAAAAUUUUGCAAACCACAGCUUCAAUACAACGCGUUCCAAACUAAUAUGUGGCGUUCCGAUUUGGACAAAUUCUUAGUAAAAUAGCCAAUACGUACUGAACGAUUUUGCUAUUCCGAAAGAUAUAGGCAAUUUGUAACGAAUAAAAUGGGAAGUCCGCGAAGUUUUCGAGAUUUAGACAUGGCUUUUUUGGUAUUUCGUAAAACAACGAAGACGACCUACAAAGUUCUUUUGGCACUUUUUUAUUGUAAGAUUCGUAAUUUCUGCCCCCCCCCCCAAAAAAAAGCCGAAGCAGGAAUUAAAAAAUUCUGAUCCCGAUAAAAAAACUCCAAGAAACAUUCAGAAAUUCUGAUCCCCUUGAAAGUAAAAAAAAAACACUUAGAAAUUCUGAUCCCCAUGGAGAAGUCCAAAAAACAUUCAGAAAUUCUGAUCCCCACAAAGAACUUAAAAAAACUUUCAGAAAUUCUGAUCGCCAUGAAGAAGUCCAAAAAACACUCAGAAAUUCUGAUCCCAAUACAGAAGUCCAAAAAAUUCAGAAAUUCUGAUCCCUAUGAAGACUUCCAAAAACGUUCAGAAAUUCUGAUCGCCAUGAAGAAGUCCAAAAAACAUUCAGAAAUUCUGAUCCCCACAAAGAACUUAAAAAAACUUUCAGAAAUUCUGAUCGCCAUGAAGAAGUCCAAAAAAACACUCAGAAAUUCUGAUCCCAAUACAGAAGUCCAAAAAAAUUCAGAAAUUCUGAUCCCCAUGAAGAACUUCCAAAAACGUUCAGAAAUUCUGAUCGCCAUGAAGAAGUCCAAGAAACACUCAGAAAUUCUGAUCCCAAUACAGAAGUCCAAAAAAAUUCAGAAAUUCUGAUUCCCAUGAAGAACUUCCAAAAACGUUCAGAAAUUCUGAUCCCCAUGAAGAGGUCCAAAAAAAACACUCACAAAUUCUGAUCCCAGUGAUAAAGUCCCAGAAACAUUCAGAAAUUCUUAUCCUCAUAAAAAGUCCAAAAAACGUUCAGAAAUUCUGAUCCCCAUAAAGAACCCCCAAAACAUUUAGAAAUUCUGAUUCCUACAGUGAAGUCCAAAAAAACAUUCAGAAAUUCUAAUUCUCACAGAGAACACCAAAAAAGGAAAGAAAUUCUGAACCCCAACAGGAUGUCAGUGACAAAAAUCGGAAUUUCUGAUCUCCAUAAAGAACUGAAAAUAACAAUAAUAGAAAAAAUAUUCAGAAAUUUUGAUCUCCUUCAGAUUACUUUAAUGAAUAUUUUAAAAUUCAACAAUUAUCAAUAUAUUAAUGUAAGUUUGAAAAUAACAUUUUUUGAACCUUAUGCAUGGAACCCACAAUAGGACUAUCACUGAAAGUUCACUGAUAAAUAUAUGCCAAAAGUUUUACUUUCACAAAAUACAAGUUGUCAACAUUACCCUUGACAUAACAACAGGAGUCACGUGUUGCAAAAUUAUCCAAUUAAUCCUGAGUUACUGGGAGUUUUCUACAUGUUGGGUAUUUCCUCUCAUAUUCUCAAUUAGAGACAACCUCUCCUUUUCUUUUCUUGCAUGGUCAAUGUAGAUGGAUGUUCUGUGCAUCUCGAUUGCUGCUAACAUUUCAAUUCUUAACCAAAAAAGGUGAAAGAGAUUUUUCUUAUAUGAGUUGUCUUCGACUAGUCUAUACACAUUUAACAAGCACUCAUUCAUGUGAACACAUCUAUCUUAACGAAUCAGAGAUCCAAAAAACUUCAUCAAAAUGAAGGGCACUCGGCACAACAUAGCAAAUAUAUUUACCACUUCCACUGCCAAGGUCAAGAAUUGGAUCCCCCUCCAAUGAAAAGGUUUUGACAAGAAACGUAUAGAGUUCCUUGGGCAUCCCUGGCCUUUUUCUCUCAUCAUGAUCAUCAAUCUCAAUGAUAUUUGUUGUGGACCUGGCCAUAUGCCUCUCUGUUACAGUUAGCUCCCUGGACACUGCCCGGUGACCCACAAUGAAACAGUGAACCACCUCAGUCAUGAGCAAAUCUGAAAGACAAAUGUAAUAUUUAACAGUUAUUCCCUAAGCGUGUGUUGGAUAUGAGAUGGUAAAUAGCCACAACCAUCUCAUAACCAACAAUCCCAGAUGAGAGAGUAUUUUUAUUAAAUUUUUCUUAACUCCAAACGUCUGGUUAUUACAAUUUUAUUAACCUUUUGCAGACAUUGCCUAGUGAGAAACCAAUUAAACGCUCUCCAAAACAUUUUGCGUUUUUUUAAAAUGCAGGUUACUUUUCCACAGGUCAGAGUACAGGUCACCAUGAUACAGAUAAAAUACUAGCAUCAAAAGUAUCUCCUAGCCCUAAUAUGUCGAAAAAAUGCUCUAUUAGAUCGAGGAAAAUCUUUGUGGUUUGGUAAUUUAUCGACAGAACAGUGACCUGUACUCUUGACCUGGGGAAUGUAACCUGUACUUUAGAUCCGGCCUUCAAAAACUAUAUUCUUGGAAGCCCUCAGCAGAAGAAGUAUGCCUGUGCCGCCGGUUGUGCCAGCCGUUAUUUAGAAAUUAAAUGCUAAGGGCUGUAUAAAUAAGCAUACUGCAGUUAGAAUCAAAUCACUUUAAUACCUACCAUUUACACUUUAUCAUAGCUCAACACUUCGCUCUUUUGUGACACAGCGUAUCCUGUGAUGCUUCAAUUCAACGACUGCGAAUCUCGCCAUUCGCCUUUAAUACCGUAAUUACGGUUCUCCAGAUACUUCGAAUUACAACGUACACCCCGUUUCAUGACUUUGACGAAAUAAAAGAACAAAAAUAACCUCAGCAAAAGCAUAAGAAUCUAAGAAAUAAAAACCACAGCAGCAUCGCAUAUCGUUGAGAAAGCAAAACGAUUUUAAAAUGGCGGACUUUUCCGUUUGAGAAUUGAAUUCUCAAACGGAAAAUAAUAUGCAUAAUAUACGUAAGCCAAUCAGAUCAUACCCUGCGUUAAAAACGUCCAAUCACCUUUCGUGUAAACCCAAGGGCAGUCUGGGAAAAGUUGUGGAAAAAGAAAGUCCGUUGCACACACGAGGCGAAUUUAUACAGUGAGUAAUAUGAAAGUUUCUUCCGAUCUUGUAACUCGGCGCGAGAAGGAAAAUACACAGCGACUACUUUGCGAAAGAAAAUUCCUUUUAUUAGUCAAAGGAUAAAAAUCCUGACGGAUAGGAAGAUUUUACUGAGGACAUCGCUACGCAGGGUAUAUGGAACUGAGAGAAAGCACUAUUGAUAUUCAACGAGAUGCAGUAUUCCAGAGUAUUCGAAAGUUUACACGGCGUUCAUUCCACAUACUUUUGUAGGACUUAGUCUUGUCCUAAUUCCUGGCGAUAUAUUUCUACAGUAACAAGUGUUUGUACUGGUCCAAGUUUGUGGUGCUUUAAAAGAUACUUACGCGUCUUAUAAUUAUGAAAAGCUAAAGAAUUUGUGUGAGACUGUUUCAUGGAAUUCAACAACAUUGCUCGAUGUACCUUUGAAGGAGCCUUUUUGGCAAUAGGAAACGCUGGUGAGCAUUGCAAGGUAAGCCUGAUUUUGUGAACUGAAAUUUAGUCACCUUCCUGAAUUUGUGCAUUUGAGCAUCAUCUAUAAAUUCCUGCAAGAAAUUGUGUGGGUUUAAAAAACAUGCCUUGUACUGGCGUCAUGAGACAGUAACAUCAAAUUGGAUUCUUGAAUGAAACAGUUCUGAUUUUUGGCAAAUUGUAUGUUAACAAAGACUUUUUGUGGAUAAACCACAUCUCAUGGCCAGGCAAUUGAUAACUACAGAUGGUUGUCACUGGUCAUGAUGUCAUCAAGUUCGAAAAUCAAACUAGCAAGGUAUUUUGAAUUUUUAUCUACGCCAGGUUGAAGAUGACCUAAAAAAUAAAUCUUCCUACAAGUUUCCAAUCCUAAAAAAGAAAACUGUAUUUUGAAUUUCCAAGUUUUUACAGUGCAUGAAGUGACUAGAACAAAGCUGUCUGGUCCCAAAAAUUUCACUCCUUAUGAUUUUUGUUUAUGUACAUGUAUGCAACCUCACAAGCGAAGGGAAAGUGCUUUUUCCUUAAAAGUGAUUUUUAGAUGUUUUUUUUAUUUCCAGCUGCCAUAUUGGUGUACUAUAUUGGUACAUCAAUGUAUGGUGUCUACAUACUGAAGCACCAUAAAGCUGCGUGAAACGUUUCAGCAAAUAACUCAGAAAUGGUGCACCACACAGACCUGAGACUUGAAGAACUUGUAUAUUCUCUCUCUUAUCAAAAUCAGGCCAAGUUGAGAAAGCUGAAGGGCCUGCAAUUGAGAACAGUGCAACAUGUAGUACUCUUCCUUGGAUGUCCAAAUCCCCAAGAUGUCUGGAUUAAAGCAUGGAAGUUUGGCUCUGUGAUUACACUGAUACUAAAAGCACAACCAAACAACAAGAUAAUUAACAAUUAAUAGAAUUAUUAUGGUGAUUGCGGGUAUCUUAGGAGUGCUGAGAAAUGGCCAUCGACCACCGUGGUUGUGAUUCGUUCAUUAGGAAAAGUAACUGUAAGACCAUCAAGAUCAGGUUCUCUUUUCAAAAAUACCAUAAAUCUUGUGUGUAAUCUGGAUGAUAAGAUUGAGCUAAUCAAAAUUUAUAAACUGAUUGUUGGAGAGUUUUAGUAAUAGUAUCAACUAGUAAAUUUGUAAUAAAUAAAGUGUAUAUGGUAAUUCAACUUUUUUUGUUUCUUAAAAAAUUUUCAAACCAGUUUCAUAUUUGUCUUCUUUUGUUUCUGAUCCAUUACUAUCAUAUAAGACAAAGGAAAACAAAAAUAAAACUGGGUUUUAAUUUUUUAAACCAAAAAACAAAUUUGAACCACAACAUAUGCAUGUAAUGUGGAUGUGCUCAAACUCUUACACUCAUGCACUUUUAGGGUCAUAUUUGAAGGAGUCCCUCGACACGUUUGUGGUAGGACAGUGGUCAGUGCCAAGACAGAUAACCUCUAGACAUUUUUCUGGUAAAAACAGUGAGGAUUUGAUUUUUGUGGAGCAUGUGCGUUCAGGAUGUAGCAGCACACAACCACUGCCUGUGGGCGCCUGCACCUGGCUAGUGAACCAUCUCUCAAAAGAAGGGGAUGCUGUUGUCGAUGUCUGCAGCAGCAGUGGCUAUGCAAUGGUGGCAGCCUUAAAAGCAGUCCAAAAGGCAUUGUAGCUGAGCAGUGCACCACGUUGCAAACUUAAAACAUUACAGUCAAGGAUUGCAACCCUCUUACUGUGAUAAAACUUUGAAAGUAUCAUUAAUAUAACUGUGUCUCUGAACAGCCCACACCUCAGAGUUUACGAAAUUCAAUAUUACAAAGGUCCCAGUGGUAGAGAUUUUUCAAUUCCCACGUAAGUUAUAAAUAGCAAAUCAUUCUUUGCUGUCUAUAGCCAUGCCAAAACCAUGGUAAAUACUAGGUUGUGAAAUUAUUAUAGCUGUUGAAUUUGACAUAGGAGUUUGUUUGAUUAUUGGUGCUCGGUGUUUUACUGCUAUGAUACAGCAGAUCAACACUUAGCACUGUUCUUCAUUGUGGAAGUUAGUCUUGGGAUUUCUGAGUGAUUUUUUUCCUUCUUCAGCAUUGUAUAUGGAGAUCAGAAUUUCCCAAUUUUAUUUUGAUCUUUUUAUGAGGAUUCUGAAUUCUUGUCAGUUUUCUUUAUUUGGAUCAGAAUUUCUGAAUGUUUUUUGGAGGUCGUUAUUGGGAUCAGAAUUUCUCAAAAAAAUCACUUUUCUUUCGGAGUUCCUCGUGGCAAUCAGAAAUUCUAUGCUGAGCUUCUUAUGGGGAUCAGAAUUUCUGAAUUUUUGGACUUCUUUAUGGAGGAUCAGAAUUUCUGAGUGUUUUUUGGCCUUCUUUAUGGGGAUCAGAAUUUUGUGAGUGUUUUUUGGACUUCUUUUUGGAGAUCAGAAUUUCUGAAUGUUUUCUGGACUUCUUUAUGGGGAUCAGAAUUCCUGAAUAUUUUUUGGACUUCUUUAUGGGGAUCAGAAUUUCUGAAUGUUUUUUGGACUUCUUUCUGGAGAUCCGAAUUUCUGAAUGUUUUUUGGGCUUCUUUAUGGGGAUCAGAAUUUCUAAAUGUUUUUUUCCACUUCUUUAAUGGGGAUCAGAAUUUCUGAAUGUUUUCUGGACUUCUUUAUGGGGAUCAGAAUUCCUGAAUGUUUUUUGGACUUCUUUAUGAGGAUCAGAAUCUCUGAAUGUUUUUGGACUUCUUUAUGGGGAUCAGAAUUCUGAAUGUUUUUUGGAUUCUUUAAUGGGGAGCAGAAUUUCUGAAUGUUUUUAUCGACUCGUUUAUGGGGAUCAGAAUUCCUGAGUGUUUUUUGGACUUCUUUAUGGGGAUGGGAAUUUCUGAACGUUUUCUUUCCAAAUUUUUAUGGAAAUCAGAAAUUCAGAAUUUUCUCCGGAGUCGCGGAGUUCUCAUAAGGUCGCGGAGUGGUCUAUACAGAAUAGAGUCAAACUCAAGUGUAAGGAACUCAGAAUAUAAUUUGUAAAGAAUGAGCCCCAGUUUGCGCCUAUUGUAGUAGAUGGUAAAGAACUAGAGAGGGUGACUAGUGCGAAACUACUAGGUCUGACCAUAUCGAGCAACCUUACGUGGAACGAACAUAUUAGUGACGUAAUCAAGAAAGCGUCAAAGCGUCUGUAUUUUUUAGUGCAGAUAAAAAGAUCAAGAGUUCCUCGGCAUGAUAUGUCCACCUUUUACACUGCUUGUAUACGCUCUGUUCUUACGUACGCAGCACCUGCCUUUUUUCAUGCCUUGCCAAAGUACCUAAAAGACGAGUUGGUGCGAGUUGAGAAGCGGGCAAUGUCUAUAAUAUGCCCAGGACUGCCCUACCAGGAGACCAUCGAACUAGUGAACAUUGUCCCUAUUGUAGAUUUCAUCACGGGGCUAUGUAGUAAUACUUUCGACACCACUAUAAAGGACCCUGAACACCGUCUGAACAGGUUAAUACAAUUUAGUGGACCAUCACGUUAUGUCCUAAGGUGCAACAGGCGCUUCAUCGUACCUAAAUGCACGACAGAUCGUUUUAGGAACAGUUUUAUUAUUAGAUCUUGCAUCGAUAAUAUAUAUACGUAGAUUUUUAGUCCCUUUAUCAUAUUUUUUAUACUUUUUUAUUAUAUAGACACGAGUGUUUUACUGGAAAAUAUACCACUCGUAAAAUUCAUAAAAACUACAUCCGGGACCCGAGUGGUUUAUUUUCGAUAAUCUCACACGUGAGUUUAUCGAUGACGUAAUUUUGGUAAUUUCGCUCUAUUAUUUUAUUGAUGUCAUUUUGUCUAUAUAAUAAAAAGAACAUUACACGGCGGCUUGAAGAUAUGAAUUUUAUUUUCUCGUGGCAAAAACAAUAUUUUACUCACUCGCGCCACUCGAAAAUAAAAUUCAUAUCUUCGCGCCACCGUGUAAUAUCCUCUCUAUCUAUCUAUCUAUCUAUCUAUCUAUCUAUCUAUCUAUCUAUCUAUCUAUCUAUCUAUCUAUCUAUCUAUCUAGUCCUUAAGCGUGAGAAGAGAUUAAAAAACAGUUUAAAGAAUUGGAAUAGUAACUUUGCAAUUUACUCGGAAGAAAUUCGGGAUUCCGAAAAAAGAAACAAAUCGUUCUUGUAAAUUUUACAUGAACGUUUCUAUUUAGAGCGAAAGUGAAAAAUUAUCCGUGGAAUUUAGUGGUGAUAUUCCCUUUCCGAAAAAACUGUCCAGUCUGUGUUGAUCGUAUUUUGCACUGUUUUUCGAACAAACUUGAGAUACUGCUACGUUCAAAAAUCAUUUUCAGAUGUAAGUUAAAACUUUACGCGGAAAAAUAAGUCAGUUUUAGUGUGCAUCUUUUUGUUUACUCGGAAUUUGUCCAAAUCGGAACGCCACAUUUUAGUUUGGAACGCGUUAUACUCGGCAUUUGCUCAUCUCCGCAGCUGUGGUUUCCCAGAACUUUCGGGUUAAUAACGACGACUCAGCCUCCAAAUUUCUUGAACUUUGAUUGACAAGUUCGAAAUAAAGCCAUUAAAAGUUACAAAAAAGAUGUUUAAAAAGUUACCAAAAAAUAAACCGUAAUAGCAAGGCGAACAACGCGGUAGGAAAUUAUCAUCUUAAAAGUUUCUUUUUUUUACUGGUCAAAUACUCAGCUGAAAAUGCUAUACAUGUACUGACACGUAUUUCUCACCAACGACUUCCUAGUUUGAAGAAGCAUUGACCACAGGCAAGAAGAAGUUGAACCUUUCUGAUAACGAACCGCUCCUUCCUGACGACUGUGACUUUCUUCAGAAGAUUUACUGUCCUGCCUCUUCCGGCAAUCAGUUCCUCGUGGAUCUUUCAUCUUUUGACACUGAAAAGAUUCAGGGAUAUGCAAUUGUUCUUAAGCUUAUCGAUGGUAAGAAAUUGAAUGCUCCUUGUCUAUCAAAUGGUUAACGUAUAAAUAUUUCCCACGAGAGGUUUUCUACAAGUAAUGUUUUCCGCUCACAGACAUGUUUUGGUGGGGGCAUUAUAAAUACGAAAACAAGGCGGGGGCUGACAGAAACCACGCAUGUUAGAAAAUAGAAAGUUAUACGAACCCAAAAAAUAUCUAGUAAAUAAACCCCUUUCCAGCGGCUGGUAUAUUGGAUGUUGCUAUAUUACUAGACUUUCACUCAACUAAACAUUGGUUGAUUCUUGGUCACGUGGCCUUGACUAAAAUCUAACUAUCUCAAUCUUGAUACAAUUCAACAACUGUACCCCACUCGGGAUACAACAGCGCGUAAACAAGGCUGGUGAAAAGUGGCGUGAGAGAAGUCGGAAAAAAUACUGUCAGUUUUCACACGUAGCCUCAAGCUAAAAAGACGUUACACAGUGAAGUUAUCCAAGAAGCAGGCAGGGUCAGCCAGGGGGUAGUGGAAGACCAAAAUACCCCCAAGUGAACCCUUCAAUAUACCAAAUAAACUAAGACUCGUGCAAAAUACCAAAAUUAAGAAAACCAAGGUAUACUUUAUACCCAAAAUUAGUCGUAAGCGAAGCAAGGAGUACAAAGCCUAGCUUUUAGCACUCCGACCCCUGCGGUGCAAAGAGCUACGUUUUGGGGUUCGAGGCAAUCAAGAGAACUCAUCAGUCAAUUACUGAAAAUUUAAUUUAUCCAAAUUUAAAUUACAUAGACAUUUCUUUUUAGUUGCCUAUCAAUAACUGCUGGUUUCAGCUGAUAAUGGCUGUUCUAAGAGAAAUGAAAUCAGUUGAUGUUGUCACCUUUUUCCUUCUUUUUUUGGCCUACUAGCCUGUAUAAAGACGCCCCCUGCCCUGAAAAAAAUGGGGGAGAGAGAGUUUUAUUUUUUGAGGGGAGGGGUUGGCUGUACACAGGCUAGGCCUACUGGACAUGGAUUCUGCCUGCUCAGUAACGGAGAAAAAUGUCCUCUGACGAAUGCGAGGAUGCAUUAGAAACUUAAACAACUUCAGUAUCUUCACUGGCAACUUUCGUUAUGCUUGUAAUUGUAUUAGUCAUCCCAUCAAUCUUUGGAGACCAGUGAAAUCGCCGUGACAGGGAGGAAAGAAUCCCAAGUUCCUGACUGAGCCAUCUACUAGUUAUAACAGGGGCAUCACAGUCAUCAUCUUCCACCAGUUUGACUAGGUAAAAUGUACUUGCUUGUAUAAAUGUAGGUCUACGUCUUUGAGGAAAUGCCCCUCAAGUUCCUUUUGGAUGAAUGAUACUUUCUCUGCUAGAACUUUCACUUGUGAUGAUCAUCACCCAUAAUGAGUUAAUGGUGGCCUACGAGAAUCAAACCACGGGGGGUCCUUCUCCUAGAAGCGGUGCGAACACAUCUACAUUUGAGAAUAAUCCAUCGCAUGCAAGUUACAAUAAAUGAUAUGCAUAGUUUCAUCUUGUGACGAAACGUUCUCAUACUCUGAGUAGAAUAGUACUUACAGCGAACAUAGCUCCAACUAUGCCUGAAGUGGUCGCUUACAGGGAGAUAAAACUAAGCAAAAAUUAUAAAAGCGUCAUCCAAAAAAGUGAUUAUGUUCGAUUGCAGAAGUGGUCAUUUUCGAGAGGUUUCAAGUGUAUUGAUUUGACUGGGAAAAUUUCGGUCGUUUCGGUAAGUAAUCGCGCUUGUGGGUUAGUCACUGCCGUCGAAGGUGGUCGCACAUAGAGGGUCGACUUUACUGUUAUCUUGCAAUAGGGCUUAACGUUUAACAAAGUUUAAUGGCAGUGUUUCAGGAUUGUCUUUUACCGAAAUAUUACGAGUUGUUUUCUGCCGUACACUCCUGCCAAUGAUUGACACCAACUGUCGAAGAUCUGCCAGUUUUAGUGCUUUGGUGCUAAGCAACCCUCAUAAGCUAAGGUUUUGCCAAUUCGGAACACUUGAUGGUAAUAAUGCCCUUUUAUAUUUAGAUGACUGCUGUUUGUAGAUGGCAUUAGCAUUCGUGAAAUAAGUUGAAACAUCUGUAAUCUUCUAAGUUCCCUGCACAAAAUUUAAGCUGAAAUCCAGCAUAUAGCCGGCCUUGCUGUAUUCCCUGCUCCAGAGUCAGCAGCUGUGGACGUUAAGGUAGCUUACGCAUUCUGGGUAGGCCUUGUCGAAGAGAGAGUUCCAUUUUGGGUUUGAGCAGUGAGUCCCUUCAUCUGAUGACCACUUACUGCUUGCUUAUGAAGAGGCUUAAGUGUAAAUACGCUUGAGUUAGGGCUAGUGUCAUCAAGACCACCAGCAUCAUCUGUUGUCCAUUUGAACUCACUUAACCGCUUCGGCUGAUUCUCCAGGAACGUUUGGAGAUAAGGCAAGCGUAUUUGUUAUCGUCUUCAAUCUACUAUUUCUUGUCUGCUAUAAUAAGUGCACAGCAGACUCCAGAUGGUUGCCGGAAACUAGAACUGUUUUACUCAGGGCAUGGCACACAAACGCAGUCAAGGGAAACUCUGGAAAGCUCCAGUUGAAAAGAGGAUCGCUGUGCAGAUUUGAAACGAGUUUUAAUUUCGCAUUGCACGAUAUUGAUCUUUCAGAGCUAAUAAACUCUAUACCAAAAUUCCUAAAAAGCGUAAUACUUUCUACCCAAUUUUAAGCAUGAAAAUAUUGUAUACCUGAAAUUAAAUACCCCAAUAUACUGUAACCAAACCCUGGCCGACUCUGAAGAAGAGAUAGAACAGGUAGUGGAAGAAAGAGAUGCAGAUAACACAAGGAAAGUACUUUGUUAAAUCAUUAGUUCAGCGGUUUUGAGAAUUAAAUUUGAGUGUUUAUAUGUACCGACAUUGUUUUGAAUCGCUCUUUAUGCUUCGUUGCUGUUAAGUGAAAGUCCAGGAGUAUAACAAAACACUUAAUGUCAGGUAACGAGGGAAACAGUUUUGUUUUCCUGAGAGUCAAUUUGCGCAAGGAGUGAAUCUCUCGGCCAAGGGCAUUAUUACCCAAUACAACAGCAAGCCAGAAAGAGGACUAUUUAUUUUAUACCCCUCAGAUUAAUUUUUUAUAUCUCUCGUAAGCAUUUGAUCAUGUUUCUAAGAAAAAGCCAAAAAGAAGCGAUGACUACGGUAGCGAAUGAUGCAAACAAGUACACUGAUUAGUUUUUUUCUAAAACUGUGAUUGGACCACAGCUUGACGUGCUAUCAUGUGAAAUAUACUCUCGAACGCCCCUCAGAUAAAAGUCGAAAACACGGCACUUUCAAUUUAUUUUCCCAUCACUGCACUGUUCGAAAGCUAGUUAAAAAACUUCUCCAGUUCAUGGAUUAUAAAAGGAACUGAAACCAUGCCACUGUCGCUGCGAUGGCUAAUAGAGAAAUUACAGCCAAGGAACACAGAAAAAUCGAGAGUAUAGUUGAAGGAUUUGCAUUUAAAGCGGCUUUCUUGCGGAGUGGUUGGCGCCGAGGAAGUCAAAGAAAGAAAAGGUGGAACUUGAGGCCGAGCUGCGAGGACAAGUUGAACUGACUGAACUAAAUCCUGCUGAGUUAUAUAUCGACUGACAAUCGCGGAUUACUCGAACUGUUGCUACAUGGUCAGUCCUGCACUGUACGACUCCAUCGAUUAUUGAUAACUUAAGUGACCCGAACGCUUUUGACUCGGGGCGAGUUUUCUACCUUGUAACUUCCCUUGGGUGCUUUUCAAGCCAGACCUCGCCAGUUGAAGAGAAAAAGCUCGCAUUGUGGUUCUUUAGUUUUUGCUCCAAGCCAUCACAUCGUGGCUCUCUUUUUGCCAAGAACUCGAUGCAAGCCACAAGAGAACGGGAUUUCCAGGCCAUACUAUCAUCAGAGCGUUUCACCUUCAAGGUCACUGAUACCACCAGGAUGAUUUCUCGUUGGCCUUAAAUUCAUUCAGGACGAAGUAAUUUAGCCCAGCAGUCGUUGUUCUGAGCUGUGAGUCACUCGGCCUCAUCGCGCGUUGAUUUGCACGGCCUCUUUUGCCGAAGUAAGGAACUAAAAGUAUUUGUGAGACUUCCUGGAGUAACCAGACCAAGUUGCUUCGAAGCAGAAAGAGCUUCGAGGUCCUCAUUGGAAAUCGGACGCUUGUGCUUGGUGGACAAAAUCAUCCCCUAUCGAGCAAGAUCAUUCAGCGAGGCAUUAAGGGCUCCGUUUGCUCGUUGAAACAUUUUACAUUUACCCAGAAUAAUAGGGAGGAACCAGUUGAAAAGCUGCCAGUAGCCCAGAACAAAUUGCCUUCAUAGUGCUGCGACUGUACGAACUGAACGUUUUAACGUGUUGGACAGUUCUUCGGGCUGCAUCCUUUCAAGUGGGCUUGAAUUUUUCUAUCUUUCCUCCAUGCUUAAGGUCAGACGAAAAUGCGCUUAUUUUAAAUACUUUGUAGUAUUCUUUUCCAUAGCUGAUAGCUAUGACCGCGUAAAAUAACUGAAUUUAGGUUUCUGUAGACUGCAUUAAUGGUAAUGCGUAACUAUUGCUCCCUUACCCAAAAAUUAACAGCAUAUUUUGUUUCAGCAUUUGCGAUAAGUUUCUUAAGUUCACGGUCACUGGAUUCCCCGAAAUGAGACUAGUUUUGUUCCACUUGAAAUUGAGAACGUAAGAACUGAAAGGAAAAUGACGUUGUUGACUCUGUUACACUUUCUUGCCACCGAAAAAUCGUAAGGCAGAUAGUGAUGAGGACGGGGAGUACCGCCCUACACCUGUCCUUCUAUUUGCUACACCACUAGCCAGUAAUCAAUCGCGAGAAAAAUCGGUGGGUUAUAAAUAGUACUAACGAAUUGUAUAGACGUUUUGUUAGUUUUGAAAGGGGGGAAUAACUUGUGAAAAGAGGCGGCAAGCCAUAUUCGUGACAUGAGAACCAAAUUCUGUUCAUAAACCUUUACUUUUACAAUGCUUGAAUACAAGCUGAAUACAAGUUGGAACUAAAAGGUCUUCAAGGCCAUCAAAAUAAUCGUAAAGUUUUUGCUUUUUCAGUAUAUAAAUCAUUCUUGGGGAUUUUUCCUCAACAGAUUUGUCUGACGAACAGUGGGAUGAAGUUGAAAAGGCCUGGGCUGAACCAGAACAAGAUUAGUGAUUGACUGGAGUAUUGCAAGUUCCUUAAUAAUGCAAUAUUAAUAAGAGCAUACAAGCGGAACCUCUGUAAAAAUCAUUUAAUUGCAAUAAUGGUCUAGUUGAAGAUUACUCAACCAGUUAACACUAUCAAAGUCAGUUAGAAUAUUAUGAUGUCUAGUAGCUAUAGUAAGAGUUGCCAUAGAGUUUUUCUACUAUAUAAGAACGUUUAGUGCUGUUUAAGUUUGUGCUGGAGUGUGUUCUGCUUUUUAAACCAUUUGAUUCUGACCAUGCUAGGUUUUUUCUUUUUCGAAAACUAUUGUGGAG